AUGUUUUCAUUGAAAAAACCAACUCAUGAUCAGGUUCCCGUUUGGGUUAAUAUUUUUAGCAUUCCUCUCCAACAUUUUAAUAACGUUGGUCUUAGCCUCAUUGCUAGCAAACUUGGAAAACCUUUGGAGAUUGAUUCUUACACUACCACCAUGUGUGAGCAUGCUACGGGUAGAGUGGUUUAUGCUCGUAUACUCAUUGAGAUGUCGGUAAAAGAUCCUUGGGAUAAAGAUAUAAAAAUCAAAGCCUUCACAAAUAAAGAUAACCCUAAAAAGGAAGAAGAUGUUCAAUUUGUUCAUGGCAGUCCUGAAUUUGAUGAGAGCUCUGGAUCUUGCACUGCAUUUUGUGAUAGCAAUCAUAGCAACAAAAAGGUUUUCUUCUCUGAUUCUCCUAUCUCCUGUGAAGCUUCUAUUGGAAAUGUUGAAAAUAUUGGAAAAAUUUAUGAUGAAGCUGCUACUGCCUACGAGUUUGGAGAUGAUAUUGUCUCCGAAAAUGAUAUUGAAGUUUCUUUUGAUGCUACGUAUGAUCCUCAUACAAUCAAUGAAACCUGUGAGAAAUUCGUUUAUAAUCACGACAUGUCGGAGGAGUUUUUUGCUGUCAAAUUUGUUUCUCCGACGAUGGCCACUCCGAUGUCUGUCAAAGGCCAUGUGAUUUCCAGCAAAGACCCUCUGCCAUAUGUCAUUGCUCCUUCUCCAAGUGAGGGUGUUGUUCCUGCUAAUCUUAUUAUUCACCGGUCAUCUCCCCUGAUGGUGGACAAAGAUGUUUUAGGAAAAGAUUCCCCUGCAUGUUUAGAAAAGGAGCAUACAACGAUAUCUUCUAGCAUAGGAAUGUAA